AUGGCUGAGGCAAAAAAAUUAGUCGCAAUGGUGGCCGGUGGUGCAGGAAGUCUCGGUUUGGCAACCGUUAAAAAACUUCUCACAAUAGGUUAUAAGGUUGUUUUAUUUGAUUUACCAGCGGCUGAUAAGUUGGUGAAAAAACAUUUCGAAGAAGAAAAAAAUGUCACUUUCGUACCCGGAGACAUAACGUCGGAGGAAGAUGUUAAAAAAGCCAUGGAUUCGAUCGAUAAUACAAAUGGAGAAAAAUUUGAUUUAUUGGUCAAUUGCGCGGGUUUAUCGCAGUGUCAUCAAACGUUUAAUUUCAACAAAAACAGUUGUGCCAGCCUUGAAGAUUUUAAAAAUAUGAUGAACGUGAACGUGUCAGGAACAUUCAACACGGUCCGUUACGCCGCGCAAAAAAUGUUUUUAAACGAUGCCGACGAGGACGGUUUGAGAGGUCUCGUGAUAAACACUUCUGGUUUUUUUGCUUACGACGGUCAAAUCGGUCAAGUCGGAUUGGCGGCCGUUGGCGGAGCCGUCGCAAGCAUGACUUUACCCUUGUGCAGAGAAUUUUCUCCCAUUGGUGUGAGAGUCAUGUCCAUCGCGCCGGGAGUCAUGGAUUCAAAUUUGACGUGUCACUUACCGAAAAACAUUAACGAACAUUUGGGAUUAUGCACGCCCAAUCCGAAGAGAAUGGGUUUUCCAAACGAAUACGCGGAAUUAGUCGUUUCGAUAAUAAAUAAUAAAUUUUUAAACGGUUCGACGAUACGCCUGGACGGCGGACUAAGAAUGUAUUUAAUGUAA